UCUUAUAAUUGAGAAACAUCCAGUAUGUCUGUAUUUUUGGUCUUUAUGUCACUGUUAGGUUGGAGAAAAGAAAUUUCAGGUGAGAUCGUCCACAUCAGGGCACACCUAUACAGUGGACAUGGAGUUGGAGCUCUGCACUUGUCCAGUUGGCCAUAGUGGGGCACCAUGCAAACACCAGGCAGCAGUAGUGCAAAAUUACAACAUCACCGCCAUCAACUUUCUCCCCACAACAGCUGAAAUGAGGGCUGAGCUGCUGAAAAUAACAAAAGCCUCAGUUUCUCUUGACUUUCUAAACCCUUUACGGCAAAAUAUGCCAACGCCAAGCACAUUAGCUCCAGACAUGCCUCCCAGGCAAGAAACCUGCACUACUGAUCAUCAGUAUCAUCUCAGUGCUCAAGAUGAUGAGUCACAUCAGCUGGACCUGUCUUCCACCAUCUCUGCACAAUUGCACCAAACAUCACCUAUGCAAGAGGACUCAUACUCCAACCAACCCUGUAUACAGGUUAACUCAGAGGGAGCACCUUUACCUCAGUCUCCUGUGAGACGGAUGCUGGGACUGCUCAGUGAAAUGGCUGAAAACUCAGACUACAGUGAUGCCAUGACUACAAUGGCCAAGCAGCUUGAAAAGAUGCAGCACAACCCGACCCAAAUGAUCUCUGCAUUUUACUGCUUUGGUAAAGGGAUGUCUGUGUCAAAACGUGCAGCAGCGUUAAGACGAGCUGCUAGACGACCAGGUCCUAUUAUUGGCUGUCAGCCAACAGCAGUGGCCCGAAGAACAGCUAAGACUGGUUCUAGGCGGCGUUUGACAGCUGGACGCCCCAGAAAAUGUAGUUCUGGUUCAGAGCAUGACUACAGCAGAUAUACAGGGAAAAGGGCUGUCAGGGUUCGCCACAAAUUGUCAGAAUCUGUGGCAAUGAAUUACUCACAUCAAGCUUAAAAAUGUACAAAUAUUUGUAUGACGUGGGUGGGUUUGUGUGUGUGUG